AUGUCUGCGUUUGGUGGCAUUGCUUGUGCUCUCUUCCUCCUCGUUGUUCCUCUGCUCCUCAUCGCCCGUCGCUUGCUCCUCGGAACACGAGGACUUGGGCUCCCGCGCGGCCCCCUUCGUCUCCCGUUCAUCGGUCACGUCCACUUGCUACGAGCUCCUCUCCACCACUCUCUCGCCCGCCUCGCCGAUCGCCACGGCGACGACCUCUUCCUCCGCCUCGGCUCUCGCCCUGUUCUCGUCAUCUCCUCCCCCGCCACCGUGGAGGAGUGCCUCGCCAGCCACAACCUUUCCUUUCUCAACCGCCCCCUCCUCCUCUCCGGAAAACACCUAAACUAUGACGGCACCACCUUUGCCGUGGCCCCCUAUGGCCCUAGCUGGCGCAACCUUCGCUCCAUCGCCACCCUUCAGCUGUUUUCCCUGGCCAGCUUGUCCAGGCUUGCACAUAUACGCGCUGCAAACGUCCGAUCGCUACUCCGGGGCCUCUUCUUCCACUCCCGCUCUGAAGAGCGAGAUGAUCGUCGGAAAGAAGUGCAACGGGGGGUCAGCGGCAACAGAAUUGUUAGACGAGGAGGGCAAAAGUUUUGCGUUCGUUAUCAAGAAGGCUUUUCGUUUGAGCGCCGCAACGAGCCCUGA